UCCCUAAGCUUCUUAAUUAAAGUGAACAAUAAGUUCAAAGCUCUAAAAGACAAAGAGUUAUUAAAUGGUUACAUAAAUCCCGAAAAGAAUGUGCCAGGCAUUCAUUUCUUUAAGGGAAAAUCGUACAUGGAAAACGAUAGUAGAGUUUUCAGACUUUUAAAAAAAAUGCCUAAAGGUGCAACAUUAAACUUUCAUACAAUGAGCUCAGUAACAUCAGAAUGGAUUGCGCAAAACAUAUCCCUCACCCCGGGUUUAUUAAACUGUACUUCCAAAGAUGGCACUAUAAUAUUAACAUUCCGCCAGAAAACAAAUAUGGCAUGUACAAAAGUUUCUGAAGAACGGGAAAAAUAUGGUUCGGAAUACAACAAGUUAUUUGAAUCGUUAUUCAAUUUGUAUAGUCCUACACCUGAAGUGACAUACCCCACUAAAAAAGAGAUUUGGAACCGUUACAAGACCAUGUAUUAUACAAUAUUUGAUGUCAUUAAUUACUUGCCGGUAUUUAGAGCUUUUCACUGGCAAAUGUUAGAGCAAUUGUAUGAGGAUAAUAUUAUGUACGCUGAAAUACGCUUAGAUUUUUUUCCGUUAUAUGAUGAAAAUAACAAAAUAUAUCCAGCAAACCAGACUAUUACCGAAUUGAAAGAUAUCGAGCAGAAAUUUAAGCAAGAGCAUCCCGAAUUUUUUGGCAUUAAACUAAUUCACGCUAUAAUACGCAGUCACAAUGAUACGAUAAUAAACCAUCAACUUGAGCAAUUUGUAACGUAUCAAGCUGCUUACCCUGAUUUCAUAAUAGGUCUUGAUUUCGUCGGGCACGAAGAUAAUGGUCGUCGCUUAGUGGAGUUUGCCGAGAGAUUAAGUAAUCUACCAAAAUCAACGAAAUUUUUUUUUGUAGCGGGCGAAACCAAUAGAUUAGGGAGUACAGACUUAAAUCUGGUGGAUGCUGUGCUAUUGAAUGCUACCCGUAUUGGCUAUGGAUAUGCUUUGAAUAAACAUCCAAUCCUAAUGAAAGAAGUUAAAAGGCGAAACAUUCCUAUAGAGGUUUGUCCUAUCUCGAAUCAAAUUCAAAAAUUGGUUUUGGAUUUACGCAAUCAUCCGGCUGCCAUGUUUAUGUCACAAAACAUACCUAUGGUUAUAGCAAACGAUGCACCUGGUUUUUGGGGCGCCCAAGGUUUAAGCUAUGAUUACUAUUAUGCGAUCAUGAGUUUAGCUUCAAAGCAAGAUGGCCUGGCAACUCUGAAACAAUUGGUGUGGAAUUCUAUUCAAUACUCAGCUUUAUCAGCGGAAGAGAAGAAAAAGGCCGAGGAAAAGUUACAGAACCAAUGGAAUAAAUUUAUAAAAGAAAUGUUAAACGAUCCGGAAUUUGAAACUGAAGUGUGAAAGCGACAGAAACGACAGAGAGAGAGAGAGAGAGAGAG